CGCAACCCCCUUCCCCUCCCUCGCUGCCCCUGGCCCAGCGGGAGCCCCCCCAGUGCGCCUGUGCGGAGGCCUACUUGAUUAUGUGUGCCCUCUCCGGGCUCCAGCGUUAGCCGCCGGGUGGAGAUGGUCUCUAGCGACCGGCCCGUGUCACUGGAGGACGAGGUCUCCCAUAGUAUGAAGGAGAUGAUUGGAGGCUGUUGCGUUUGCUCAGACGAGAGAGGCUGGGCCGAGAACCCGCUGGUUUAUUGCGACGGGCACGGCUGCAGCGUCGCGGUGCAUCAAGCUUGCUAUGGCAUUGUUCAAGUACCCACUGGACCAUGGUUUUGCAGGAAAUGUGAAUCUCAGGAGAGAGCAGCCAGAGUGAGAUGUGAACUGUGUCCUCAUAAGGAUGGAGCUUUAAAAAGAACAGAUAAUGGCGGUUGGGCUCAUGUGGUUUGUGCCCUGUAUAUUCCAGAGGUACAGUUUGCCAAUGUUUCAACAAUGGAACCAAUUGUUUUACAGUCUGUGCCACAUGAUCGUUAUAAUAAGACUUGCUACAUUUGUGAUGAACAAGGAAGAGAAAGCAAAGCAGCCACUGGUGCUUGCAUGACAUGUAAUAAACAUGGAUGUCGACAGGCUUUCCAUGUGACAUGUGCUCAGUUUGCAGGACUACUUUGUGAAGAAGAAGGUAAUGGUGCAGAUAACGUUCAAUACUGUGGCUACUGUAAAUACCAUUUCAGUAAGCUGAAAAAGAGCAAACGGGGAUGUAAUAGGUCAUAUGAUCAAAGUUUAAGUGAUUCUUCCUCUCACUCUCAGGAUAAACAUCAUGAGAAAGAGAAAAAAAAAUAUAAAGAAAAGGACAAACACAAACAAAAACACAAGAAGCAACCAGAACCAUCACCUGCAUUGGUUCCUUCCUUGACUGUUACUACAGAAAAAACUUAUACAAGCACUAGCAGCAACUCUAUAUCUGGAUCAUUGAAGCGCUUGGAAGAUACUGCAGCACGAUUUACAAAUGCAAAUUUCCAGGAAGUCUCUGCGCACACUACUAGUACAAAAGAUGUUUCAGAGGCUAGAGGGUCAGAGGGCAAAGGGAAGAAAUCUUCAGCUCACAGCUCAGGUCAAAGGGGAAGAAAGCCUGGUGGAAGAAAUCCAGGAACGACUGUAUCAGCAGCUAGUCCUUUCCAGCAAGGCAGUUUUUCAGGAACUCCAGGCAGUGUAAAAUCAUCUUCGGGAAGUUCAGUACAGUCUCCCCAGGAUUUCUUGAGCUUUACAGACUCAGAUCUGCGUAAUGACAGUUACACUCACUCCCAACAGUCAUCAUCAACCAAAGAUGUACAUAAAGGAGAGUCUGGAAGCCAGGAAGGGGGGGUAAAUAGUUUUAGUUCCAUAAUUGGUCUCCCUUCAACCUCAGCUGUUAUUCCGCAGCCUAAAAACUUUGAAAAUUCACCUGGAGAUUUGGGUAAUUCCAGCCUUCCUACAGCAGGAUAUAAGCGGGCUCAAACUUCUGGCAUAGAAGAAGAAACUGUAAAGGAAAAGAAAAGAAAAGGAAAUAAACAAAGUAAGCAUGGGCCUGGUAGACCCAAAGGAAACAAAAGUCAAGAGAAUGUUUCUCAUCUCUCAGUUUCUUCUGCUUCACCAACGUCAUCUGUAGCGUCAGCUGCAGGAAGUGUAACCAGCUCUAGUCUCCAGAAAUCCCCCACGCCGCUCAGGAAUGGGAGUGUGCAGAGUCUUAGUGUGGGCUCCUCUCCACUUGGUUCAGAAAUUUCCAUGCAGUAUCGGCAUGAUGGAGCUUGUCCAACAACUACUUUCUCAGAGUUGCUGAAUGCAAUACACAAUGGUAUUUAUAGCAGCAGUGAUGUAGCAGUAUCAUUUCCAAAUGUAGCAUCUGGCUCAGGAUCCAGUACUCCUGUCUCCAGUUCUCAUUUACCUCAGCAACCUUCUGGGCAUUUACAGCAAGUGGGAGCGCUCUCCCCGUCUGCUGGGUCAUCUGCACCUUCUGCUGUUGCUACAACUCAGGCAAAUACUCUAGCUGGAUCUUCUCUUAGUCAGGCAUCAUCUCAUAUAUAUGGCAAUAGAAUAAAUCCAAAUUCAUCAAUGGCAGCUCUUAUAGCUCAGUCUGAAAAUAAUCAAACAGAUCAAGAACUCGGAGACAAUAGCCGCAGCCUUGGUGGCAGAGGAAGCUCACCCAGAGGGAGUCUCUCACCAAGGUCCCCUGUAAGUAGCUUACAGAUCCGCUACGAUCAACCAGGCAACAGCAGUUUGGAAAACCUGCCCCCAGUAGCAGCCAGCAUAGAGCAGCUUCUGGAGAGGCAGUGGAGUGAAGGACAGCAGUUUUUAUUAGAACAGGGCACUCCUAGUGACAUUUUAGGAAUGCUGAAGUCAUUACACCAACUUCAAGUAGAAAAUCGAAGAUUAGAGGAACAGAUUAAAAACUUGACUGCCAAAAAGGAACGCCUUCAAUUAUUGAAUGCACAGCUCUCAGUGCCUUUUCCAACAAUAACAACAAAUCCCAGCCCAUCUCAUCAAAUGCAUGCAUUUUCAGCACAGAAUGCUCCUACUACUGAUUCCUUGAACAGCAGUAAGAGCCCUCAUCUAGGAAACAGCUUUCUACCUGAUAAUUCUCUUCCUGUAUUAAAUCAGGACUUAACCUCCAGUGGACAAAGCACCAGCAGCUCAUCGGCUCUUUCUACUCCACCUCCUGCUGGGCAGAGUCCAGCUCAGCAGGGCUCAGGCCUUAGUGGAGUUCAGCAGGUCAAUGGUGUGACAGUGGGGGCACUGGCUAGUGGAAUGCAGACUGUAACAUCCACCAUUCCUGCCGUGCCUGGAGUGGGUGGAAUAAUUGGAGCUUUGCCAGGUAACCAACUGGCAAUUAAUGGCAUUGUAGGAGCUUUAAAUGGGGUUAUUCAGACCCCUGUCACAAUAUCCCAGAACCCUACCCCCCUCACCCACACAACUGUACCACCUAAUGCAGCACAUCCAAUGCCAACUACACUGACUAACAGUGCCUCAGGACUCGGAUUACUUUCUGACCAGCAAAGACAAAUAUUUCUUCAUCAACAGCAAUUCCAGCAGUUGUUAAAUUCUCAACAGCUCACACCAGAGCAGCACCAGGCCCUUCUGUAUCAGCUGGUGCAGCAGCACCACCAGCCUGAUCUCCAGCAGCUGCAGAUCCCGGCACCCACGCAGAUGCCCAUCAACAACCUGCUCGCAGGCACGCAGGCGCCUCCGCUUCAUCCAGCCACCACCAACCCGUUCCUCACCAUCCAUGGCGAUAAUGCAAGUCAGAAGGUAACAAGACUUAGUGAUAAAACUGGGCCUGUUGCUCAAGAAAAAAGUUGACACUUGAGAAACAUCUAGAAAUGGACUAUCCUGCUAUUCUAGCACUUCAUCUGGCUGCUGUUGCAGUCCCCUUACUACACCUAUGAAGAAAUGCAACAAGAAACCAGCUGCACGACAAAGGAUUAAUUGCCCCAAGAGCAUUCUUGUAAGGCUUUGAUUGAUUUUCUUGUUGCUUUGUUGCACUGAAAUGGAAUUCCCAUAUCCCCCACCCCUCACCCACAUUUUUUGAAUUUUGAAAGAAAAUUUAAUAGCUAACUUUUGUCAUUGAAGUAAUUUACAUGCAAUGAAUUUAUCAGCCUAAGAGGAAUUUAAUAUAGUUGGUGUACAACUAAUUUUGUUAUGAAUUGGCGAGAUGAAUAGCAAAACUAAAGACUUGUUCCAUUUUUAAACCAUUUGAUUUUAAUGUAAAAGUUGGAACGUGAAAUAUGAUCUUUUGUUUGGGUUACAGUAUGCUUGCUCUGUGAGUCAAAACAAAUUUCAAGGAACUGUCUAAUUUCUUCUAUUGGAGUUUUAUUGGUUAAAUAUUACAAAUAAAUAGGUCAUCCACUUGGAGUUGGCAAUCUUUAUUAUGAAAAUUUCCUUUCUAAUGGGAUUUGGCCAAUUUUGGUAAUCAAGUUAGAAUGGUAAAUGUCUGCUUCUGCUAAAGGUAAUUUUCUUUUGCUAAAUGCUUUUUCUUUAGUGUUAAGACCUACUCAUAUUUUAAAGAAAGCUUGAGUUCAGUGAUUUCUAAGGCUGCUGAGGGAACCAGCUCAAUUCAAAGUGAAAGAGGGGCCACUCUGAAACUGCUGGUAGGGUUUGGCCUGAAUCAAGUGCCUGUUAGGACCUGCCUUGUGCUGAAGUGGCUCUGGACAGCUGAGCCUGCGCUUUCAGUCCUUGGGAGUAGUAGGGACAGUCGGCGUUGCACCAGCAGCCUUCCCCAUGGUUCUGCCUUUAUUAAGAACUUUCUAUGCCACUGUAGCUAGCUCAGGCAAAACUAUUACCUGGGUAUUUAUCCACUAAUGAGUCACAAGAAAAAUGAGUGGAUUUGGUAAGAAUUUUCUUUUUUUCUUAAGUUAGACAACUUCCCAUUAUUGACAAUGAUUUGAAACAAACAAAACAAGACAAAAAACCCACCACUGCAGUUCCUGAAACAGGUGAAAUCUGUAUUACAGCCCUUCCAUGUUGGGUAUCCCCACUCCUGGUAUGACAGUAUAGCAGAGUAUAAAUUAAACAAUUGGGGAUGUAAUCAUUGAACUAUUCUUAAAUGUGUGAAUUAUUAGUGGAAAAGACCCAGCUGUAAUUAGACCUCCACUGUGUACUUAGCUGGAAGAACAUGUUAAUUCUGCAAUAUGUCUCUUGGUUAAUAAACAUUGCACAGUUCUUACCUCAUUUCUGUAAAUAAGGUUUUGUGAAUCUGUUUUGUAUUGUGAAAAAUUCAUAAGAUAACAUUGAUAUUUUGAUUUGUAAUAUUUCUAAUUGGUAGAUUUAAUUGAAAAGUAAAAUUAAUUUAUUUUUAUAUGUUCAGGGGAAUUUUAAAGAAAGUCAAAUCUUUUGUAGAUAAUUUAAAAAAAUCGGUGUGGUUUAUUUUACUUAUUUAACCCACUGGUUGUUAUUCUGUAACAAUUUGUAUAAAUGGUAAAUUUUGAACGUGUUGUUAUUUUACUUAGAUGUAAAAUUCCACAUGUAUUAAA